AUGGCAAUUACUUUGAGCGUUGCGCUGGGCAUAGCCGCCCUAGGUGCCAGCCCUGUGCGCGCCGCUGGUCUGGAACAGAUUGAGCAUGUUGUACUAUUCAUGCAGGAAAACCGUGCUUUCAAUCACUACUUUGGAACAAUGGCCGGCGUGAGAGGAUUCAAUGACCCCAAUGUUCAAAUUAAUUCCGAUGGACGCUCCGUUUGGUACCAAGUCGUUGAUUCAAGCCUGUCCAACGAGACAGACUAUCUGCUGCCGUGGUACCUCAAUUACCUGGGCGGGAACUGGUCAGAGGCAACCCAAUGCAUGGUGGCCGGAUCAAACGCUUAUGAUGCCAAUCACGCCGCUUUGAACGGUGACCUCAAUAACCACUGGGCCACUAACAACACCCCAUGGAGCUGGGGUUACUUUAAGAGGGAAGAUCUCCCCGUUCAUUUUGCCAUGGCUGAGGCCUACACCAUAAAUGACAUGUACCAAGAAGGCCAGAUCACGGCCACGAACCCAAACCGUGUGACCUGGGUCAGUGGAAGCAUAAAUGCUCCCGGAUCUCCCACCAAUCUGAAUGGAACGGGUGGCGUGUAUAUCGACAACAAUGAAACUCCAGGCUGCGAAACCGGGCCAGAUGGCCUAUACUCCUGCUACCCUCUUACAUGGGAGACAACAUUUGAAGUCUAUGAACGCCUUAACGUUUCCUGGCAAGUAUGGCAAAACACUGACAACUUCGAUGAUAAUCCGAAUGCCUGGUUUGAGCAAUACCAAGAUGCACCUACCAAUUCUUCGCUGCAUAUUCAUGGAGACUCUUUUCAAUAUACCCUCGACGACUUUAUUUCAGCCGCUGCCAACGGCACCCUUCCCCAAGUCAGCAUCAUAGUUGGCCAGGAAGAAUUAUCCGAGCAUCCUCCAUGGAUGCCUAAGGAUGGCGCCUGGUUGCAACAGCAGAUCUUUGAUGCAGUCGUCAACAGUCCUGUAUACAAUUCCACUGUUCUAAUUAUCUCCUAUGAUGAAACUGGUGGAUUUGGUGAUUCUGUUACGCCAUUUCAUUCACCUGCUGGAACGCAGGGCGAGUGGAUUGAAGAUCCAUUGGGAGAAUUUGGACAGGUGUACACUGGUCCUGGUUUCCGCGUUCCCUCCUGGAUUGUGUCGCCCUGGACUCGUGGUGGACGAGUUUUCACUGAGCGAUGUGAUCACAAUUCUCAAAUCCUCUUUGUUGAAAAAUGGCUCGAAGCUAAGGGAUACAAUGAUGUGGAACUGAGUGGUAUGGCAACUUGGCGUCGGGAAAACAUGUGUGAUCUGGUCAAUGCUUUCGACUUUUCCAACCCCGAUUACAGUAUUCCUAGCAUUCCGGCUGCCGAGGUGCCUCACACUGACUCCGACGGAAAUUUUGAUGGUACGACUCUUUGCGAGGCAACUUACACUACCCAAACCCCACCCGUGCCAUACGGCAACCAGACACUUGAGGACUCUCUCUUCUUUGAAGACGGUUUCAAGGAAGUCGUCGGUGCUCUUACAGAAGGCCGAUAUCUGACUUUCGAAAUUGACGGCUUCGCUUUGACAAACCCGUUUUCUGACGCCGAUGGCACUGGCCUCAUCUCCAUUAGCCAGGCUACGUCAAGUCAUGAAAGCGAAAACCAGCGCUGGGUUAUUCAUUAUUCCCAAGGUGAGCAAAGCGGGAUUUUCCAGAUUUCAAGUGCCCUCGAUGGACGCUUUAUCGGUGACUUUGGCCUGCUAGUACCUGCCAGCCAGCAGGCGGAAUUAGCGGCUGACUUUAAAAUUGCUUUCCUUGGCAAUGGAGGUGGUUAUUCCUUGCAGUAUGAUGGGGGCAACUUUUUGACUGUGCUGGGAGAUGAAGUACUUGACUCUGCGGCCUCUACUGCAGAUGGCUUUCAGAUCUAUAGUGUGUCUUACCAUAACUAA